CGUUACUGAGGGACAGAGCUCGAGUGUUGUUUUGAAUUUGCUAGAAGACACCGACUAGAAGGGGGGCUAGGGCCUGUGGAUAAGAUGGCGGAUGUAGGAGGCGAUGAAACUCGGUCGACUCUCCCUUCGGCAUCCCGCAACGGUCCGGUUGUCGGUUCGUCUGCGAGCACCGCGGGCCAGAACGUGCCUAUGGUAACGUCAGGUCCACGGAUGGUGAGGAUCGUCAAGUCGGAGUCCGGCUACGGUUUUAAUGUUCGCGGUCAAGUCAGCGAAGGAGGACAGCUGCGGAGCAUCAAUGGGGAGCUGUACGCUCCUCUUCAGCAUGUCAGCGCUGUUUUGCCCGGAGGUGCGGCAGACCGGGCUGGGAUAGCAAAGGGUGACAGGAUCUUGGAGGUUAAUGGGGUGAGUGUGGAAGGUGCCACCCAUAAGCAGGUGGUGGACCUGAUCCGAGCAGGGGAGAAGGAGCUGGUUCUGGCUGUGCUGUCUGUUCCUGCACAGGAGGCUGAUGGAUUGGAAGGAGGAGAGGAGGUCCAACCCAACUAUGACUACAGUGACAAACAGGCAGUUCCCAUUUCUAUUCCCACAUAUAAGCACGUAGAGCAGCACUCCGAGAGGUUUGUGGUGUACAACGUAUACAUGUCAGGUAGACAGCUGUGUUCAAAACGCUACCGGGAGUUUGCCAUCCUGCACCAGAACCUAAAGAGGGAGUUUUCCAACUUCAACUUCCCAAAGCUUCCUGGUAAAUGGCCCUUCUCCCUGUCUGAACAGCAGCUGGAUGCUCGCCGAAGAGGCCUGGAGGAAUAUCUGGAGCGAGUUUGCUCUGUGCGAGUGAUCGGGGAGAGUGACAUCAUGCAGGAGUUUCUCUCAGAAUCGGAUGAGAACUACAACGGAGUGACGGAUGUAGAACUGCGGAUAGCCCUGCCAGACAAGACCACCAUCUCCGUCAGAGUCCGCAAGAACAGCACCACAGACCAAGUGUAUCAGGCAUUAGUGAUGAAGGUUGGAAUGGACAGUAUUAUGGCGAGCUACUUUGCCCUUUUUGAAGUCAUCAACCACUCGUUUGUGCGGAAGCUGGCGCCUAAUGAGUUUCCCCACAAGCUUUAUGUGCAGAAUUACACAUCAGCAGUGCCGGGGACUUGCUUGGCGCUCCGCAAAUGGUUGUUCAGCUUCCAGGAGGAGGAGUUGCUAAGAGACAAUCCGCUGGCACUGCACUACUGCUUUCACCAGGCAUUGGAAGAUGUGAAGAAGGGAUUCAUAAAAACAGAGGACAAAUCCUACCAGCUGCAGAAGCUGGCAGAGCAGCGCAAGAUGGCCACGUACCUCAGUCUGCUGCGGACGUGUGAGGGCUACAAUGAGGUGGCGUUCCCCCACUGCUCCUGUGACUCCAGGAGGAAGGGACAUGUCAUCACAGCUAUCAGCAUCCAUCACUUCAAGCUGCAUGCUUGUACCGAGGACGGCACGCUGGAGAACCAGGUGAUCGCUUUUGAGUGGGCGGAGAUGCAGCGCUGGGACACUGAUGAGGAGGGGAUGGCUUUCUGCUUUGAAUACGCCAGAGGAGAGAAGAAACCUCGCUGGGUCAAGAUCUUCACUCCAUAUUUUAACUACAUGCAUGAGUGCUUUGAGCGUGUCUUUUGUGAGCUGAAGUGGAGGAAACAGGUUGAGGAAGAGGCAUCUGACAAAGACAACAAAAACUGCAGCAACAAUGAGUAUCUGCCUCCUCUGGAAACACAGCAGAAGGGAUGGCGCCACCUAGGGGGGGAGAUUGCAACUUCCUAAAACCCUUUGUCAUCACCCAAACUAGAACUGGUCCACCUGCAUCAUCACAACCACCCCAGAGAGCGCCCAUCGACAAACACAGAACUGAGUGACAGACUGAGGCGAUCUAUUCCCCGGAAAACAAACUGGAAGUGACCUAUUUGGGAAAUUGGGACAGUCGCACUUAACCGACCCCAGGAAUACACACAGCAAGAGGAGCAAUGAAAGAGAAUAAACAAAAGCCAACUUUCAUGUCAUUUACUAGAUCUCAAUAGCAUUUCUGUUGUUUUCCUCCAUGCAUCCACCCUGUCAUGUGGGGCAGGACACGAGCAAAGUCUCGCCAGUGGUUGAGAUGUAACACACACAUACAGCAAAGGGAGCUCCUCGACGAGUCGCCGCUUGACGAGGGAGCUGACAUGCGGGAUCGGAUUAUGACAGUUCUCCAACACGGCCGGCUCCGUCCGAGGCCUCCAGCGUGGCCCACGUCUGCUGAACUGAGAUGAUGGAGAGGAAAAUAAGAAGGGAGGCACACAAAAAAUGUGAUUUUCACUCUUAUAACACAUAGUGAUGAAGAAAGAAAGCAAAAUCAUGCUUUUCACUGAUGAUGGACUUUAACACAAAAAUUUUGUUUUCUAUCUGUAAGGUCAGAAGUGUUCUAUCUUUGUCAGAAAACAAAGCGACAUAAAUGUAACUAACAGAAAACGGAUGUGGGGGGGCGUGUUCACAAUAAUGUGUAUGUUUAACAAUCUUACUUCUGAUAAAAUAUAGAUUAAUAUAAGAGCUAUAAUAAUUGGUUUCUUGAUCUAACACAAUGAAACACUAACUGAAAUGCGUUCAGGCUGCUCAGACUAAUCUUCAUUUUUCACCUUGUCUUCUGGUCCAACCCACGCUCCUUCAGAACGACGUCUGUUGGCAGUCCGCCAUUAAUAUGUGUAUGUGUGUGUGUGUUUGUUUAUCCCCCUCACAAGUGAUUUGUGGUGAUGUUGCGGAGCUUGGAGCUUCUCAGCUCUGCACGGGGAUGAUCUCUUGAACAAAAGGUUUACGGGCCAAAGCGUUGAUGUUUCUGAAAUGGCACACGUUCUAUGUGGGGAGUCUGCCCAACAGAUUGUGACCCUAAGGAAGGGAGAGCUGCAGUUUUCUGAACAGGCAGCAGAGAGCAGCAGAGUGUAAGACAGAUUUAGUCGUAGGCUUCGAGCAGAAAUAGAAAUCUUCUCAGAGCUUCUUAAAGAGUGAUCCCUCCUGCCCUGCAAAUCACCCAAAAGUAUCACUCCUCUGCUGUUUGUCCAUUAACCACAUCAGGAGGACAGUUUGUGUGUGUGUGUGUGUGUGUGUAUGUAUGUAUGUGUGUGUUUGUUGUACAGAGAGCUGAUGGUUUAUAAAGUUGUGUGACUGCAGCCACAACCAUCAGCAUACAUUGCAAUGCAGGCAGCUGUCUGCCUCUUAAUGCACCUCAAUGAGUACAGUAUUAGUUGUGUGUGUGUGUGUGUGUGUGAUGUGUCAUGUGCGGCAUUAUUAUGUGACAGUUUUACAACUGACGCAGAAUUUUUUUUUUUUUUUGAGCAGCAUUUCAGUUUUUAUCACGCAAAGAUAAAACGUUUUUCUUCAUUCUGUGUUGAUGCUCACAACAUCUUUUGUCUCACUUUAAUUGUGCAGAAAGCAGGUUUAUGUUCCAACCAAAAAACGAAAAUGCUUCUGAAUGGAGACAUUGUGCGUAAAUGUAUUGAUUUCACCUGAAUGCACUGAAUGAGUUCUGUUUUUCCCACUAAGGGCUACUAGUCUUAUCUCGGCCGAUUCAUAACUGACCCAUGCUUGUGCUUCACUGGCCUCCUGGCUCUGAAACUGCAAGUGAUGUUGGUAUAUUAUUUCAUUCACACUGACUUUUAGAGCACAACUUCACAUGCCCAUUUGUCAAAAACAUUUUCAUUUUACAGUUGAGCUUAGCUUUUGGUUCAAUAAAAUGUUUAAUUCAUACCUAGGUUAAGUCAGAAUUUGUUUUCAGUCAGUUACCUUGGAGCAUGCUUUUGUGUGUAUGUGUGUGUGUGUGUGUGUGUGUGUCCUCUAUGUUUAUCAUUGACAUUGCUGAUAAGCUUUUAGGCUGUGAUUGGAUGUUUCUGAUGAGCUGUCGGUGUGAGAGCCAGCAAAUAAAGAUGAGGUUUUGUAUCUGUACGACAGCAGAGACGCCAGACAGAUGGAGACAAAUGGAAGGCGUCUCCUAUUGUCUAGCGAACAUUCACAGCCCCUCGCAUGCUUCUUCAGCAUUACACACACACACACACACAUCCCUAUCUCCCUGCUCCUCUGUGUUUAUAGCUAGACAAAAUUAAGUACAGCACUGAAAGAUAUUUUAUUUGUCAUCCAGUUGUUGCUUCUGAGCACAGGCAUCGGUUAUAGCUGCCAAUGGCAAUACAUACCACACUGUAGUAGCACAUCGUGUGUUUUACACACACACACACCACAGGUAACUGGCUUGAGAAAGAAACUGCAACGUGCAGAUUGCUGGAUGGUCAUUUUGACAGCCAAAGUAAUAGCCAAUUCAGAGAUGGAUGACAUAAGAAUUGGAGCUGUUCAACCAUGAAUUCUUCUUUUUUUUUCCAAAUGAGAUGUAGAGGGAGAGGCAGAUAGAGGUGGUGUGAUUGCGUGUGUUAGCCUUUCUGUCUCCUGCUCUUACUCUCUCCAGGUUGGCCUCCCCAUCAUCACAGGGGGAUGUGGUUGCCGUGGCAGCACCACGUUGGCUCAACACGCUCAGUGCAGCCUCUGUUCCUUUUAUUCCUGUCAGCCAACUGACUCACUCCUCCCAAUAAUGUAUUCAAAGCAGUGUUUUUUACUGUUUGAUGUUUGUUCUCUGUCCCCGUGGCUCAUGCUGCUGUGAAUAGGCUUUUAGAAAGCUGCUGUUUUUUUAUAUUUUUUUGUGUCUUCAGUUUGUCUCGUCUGCGCCAGGUGCCAUCUCACGCUCGGUCUCAGUCAGAGGCAGGUGUGCAUCCUGCCAGUUGUUGUCCGUUUUGGCCGUUGGUGAGAUAAAUGUCAUAGUAUAGUAACAGUGUUUAGGCACAAGCGGAGCGAUGACGGUGAAUGUUAAGAAGCACGUCUUUGUGUGGUUGGCCCUUGUUUGUUUGUCAAUGUGGGCUGUGCUGUGGGCCGCCUGUGUUAGUGUUUGAGAUGCUGGACAGCCUUGGCUUGUAAGUGAAUGAUUACUUACAAAAAGAGGACUGAAUUUCACACAGGACUUUACAGAUAAAAAGAACGUUGGAUGGACAGCAAACGUGGUGGCGGUAGAAAAAAAAAUGGAACGUGUCCAUGUGUGGACGACACGUGAGGUUCAGAAAGUUUGUGUUCAUCGCAACUGCCACUGAAAUACUCAUCCAGAUGAUGCUGUUGCUAUAGUAACGCAUCAGUUUUCUGAAUCUCCUGCCAAAUCGGCACUGAUUUCCAUAACAUCAGAGGGAAAGAUAUUGUGUAAGAUCUUUUCUGUCAGUUCGAAGUCUACAGCAUUUCGGUGGCGUAGAGUCCAGUGUUCGAAGUGGUGUUGAUAAGGCCGCUUAGUCAAGGCUCCUUCCUUUGACACUGUUGGUUCAGCCAGAGCCGCUACGUCUGUCUCAUCAUCAGCGCUUUUGUGUAGACUUGAUGUUCAUCGACCUCUGGAACACGCAUCCGACUCGGAGGGCAUUAGCUGCUGGCUUUCCCAUUUCAGCUGUCGCGUCCCACCCAUGACUAACAUGAGGGGUGGAUCCAAGUGUUUGUUUUAAAAAGUGUUAGCAUUUGUGUAAUUAAUUUCUGUUAGUUGCUUUGAAACACAGGGCUUCUCCACGGCAAGUAGUCAGUGACAUUAAUUGAAAGCGUCUGUCUUCAGCAUAACCUGUAAAUAAUUGUUAUAAAAAGAAAAAGAAUAUCUCUUGGACAAAAUGCACUCUUGUUUCUCCAACUCAAAACUUUUAUUUAUUUAAACAGAAAUUAUAAAGAUUGGGGAAAUGAUGGUGUACAAGGCUAGAGCCACCGUUGAUCAGUAAUUUUGUGCGUGGGCAACGGCUGUGUGGAGGAUUAGCUAACUACACAGUGAAACAAGCUGUUAAGAAGAGAGUCAGUGUCUAAAGACAUCACUUAACACCUGAUGCAAAACUAGGCUACAAAAUGGAGAGUUUUAUAUCUAAAAAAAAAAAAAAACACAUGAAGGUUUACUAACCAUUAUAAGAAAAAGGAUAAAAA